AUGGAGGCCCAGUGCAGCACAUGGCCUGAGUCAUUUGACCAGGCAUCCAUGAUCAACGCUACAUUUGAUCUUGCGACAAUUGAUGCCGAGAUUCAAUCGCCUCGAAAGAUCUCACAGGAGGAAUGGCAGCAGGUGUUCGACUCUGUCUCGGCAAAGCAAGGCGGCGACAACGACGUCUCGGCUGAUAGGAGCUUCAGCAUACUUAGUCCACGACGAUCCGGGUCAUCCGUCGAAUUUGAUCACCAGGCGCCACGACAGAGUGUCGAAAGGCCAGUGACGUUGGGCGCACCGCCACAAAUGUCGCAUCAGAGCAACGAUUACAUGGUAUACUCCUACGCGCAUCCCGAACCCAUGUAUGCGGGAACUUGGUCAGCAUCCAACUCAUCAAUGCCAACGUAUCCACCACCGCCAACGAUUCCAGAGGAGGAAGCACAUUGGUUUGGACCGCCUGUCCCACACUCACAACCUAUGACAAUGACGUCGCAUACUGGUCUGCCAGCGCACAUCCCUUCACCCUUCGACAGUCCCACCCACACUAACGCCGAACAUCACCUCAUGUCUGGACCAAGUCCCAUGCUAUCGGCAGGCUCACCUCACGACAGCGAGUACAUGGACGAGGGCUGGUCUCCACACCCUGGUACGGUUUCUCCCUGGCCAGAGCGUCUACCGAGCGAUGAGGAAGACGGCCUCGAUACUGGAGAUCCGUGUUACGCCCAGCUCCUAUAUCGAUGCCUGAAGGAAGCGCCUGAUCAGAUCAUGUCGCUCAAGGAGCUGUAUGAUUGGAUCAAGGAGCAUAGUCAGAAGGCCAAGGAUCCGGCGAAUAGAGGUUGGCAGAACAGUGUGCGGCACAAUCUUUCCAUGAAUGCCGCCUUCGAGCGAGUACCUCCUCGCGAGUCGCACGGCGUCAAGAAAGGUAGCCUCUGGCGUCUGACGGCAUCAGCUCUCCGCGACGGCGUGAUCAGCACGACCCGCUACCGCAAAGAUCCCAAGCACAAGCCGCUCAAACGCGCCGUACCAGCUCUCAAGCGUCAGCUCUCCGGCGCGAAAGGAGGUCAAGCGACUCGCGCCGCGCAACGCCGCCAGCAGCAGUUGCGCGAAGCACGAUCAUACCCCAACCUCAACUCGCGACAGCGUCAAGGCCAGCAGCAAGACAUGCGCUACCCACUUCGUCAACCAGGCCCCAACCUCUUCACCCCAGGCAUGAUCUAUAACGGCAACACCGCCAUACCCUUCCACCAACCACCCUACGCCACCAUGAUCGAGCAACCAUCAAGUCCCUACUUCAUCGGCAUGGACGACACUAUGUCCCCAGCCCCUCGCUCUGCACCCCUCACACCACCACAGAUGCUUGCCAUGUACGACACCCAACCCAAAUCAUCCAUCUCCGACCCAAAUUUCGAGCAUAUCGACUUCACGAAUGGCGGCAUGAUCGCCUAUCAGGAUGAGUUCGAGCCGGAUACUCCGAGUCUGGGGACUGAGAGGAGCUAUGGGUUGUCGGAGGAUGGGAUACCGGUAGCUUUCUCCGGAGAUGUGAGUAGGGAGGCGACGAGUUUUGCGAUGGAGAGUUGA